GUUUCUGGAUUUUAGAUUUUCCGAUAAUAAAACCCUAAACAGGAGAUAUUUUAAUUAGAUCCAUGAUAAAAGAAAAUAGAUAUUUGUGUUUCCCUCAAACUUGAUUCAUAUAUGUAUUCAAUUCAAUUUCAUACAAACUGAUUCGAUUUGAAAGAAUGGAAGGUCCCUUAGAUCGAUACUAUAAAUUAGGGAUUCAAGAAUCCUUCUCCCAGCUCUGCCAUUACCCAUCAGCUUGUAAAGAGCUCGCUUUAAUUCUUAAACUCUCCUAUUCUAAAUUCCCCAAAGUGUUACAAUCUCUCCUCGUCCAAGACGUCCUCACGGCUUUUCGUCUUCUUCCUCGAAUGCAAACACAAUCCGCCAUUUCAGCAGCCAAUAUUCUCCUUCAGAGUGUGGAAUCGGCAUUCCCAAAGCAAAAGAAGGCGCUGGCUGUAGCCGAGUUCAAGCAUGCCAUGGUUGCUCAUAAGAGGUAUUCGAAAGCCCAUAACAGUGAGGAAGAUACUCUUGAACUGCCACAAGAUGUUCUUGUGCACGUCUUCAGUUUCUUGGAUUUAAAAUCUUUAGUUUCUGCUUCGCAAGUUUGCCGUUUAUGGAAUGUCGCUUCAACUGAUAGCCAUAUAUGGCAGUUGAUGUAUGCUAUGUUCUUCAACACUUCACAUAAUUUCUCCAACAAAUAUAUGCUCUAUGGUGGAAUGACCGAGGAUGAGAAGUCCAAAAAUUCCCAAGAGAAUGUUGUUUGCAGAAGCAGCCUUGACUGGAGAACUGAUUUUAAGAAAGCAUAUGAAGGCAUCUCAUCAAAGAAACUCCUUACAUCUUGUAGGGGAUUCUGCAAGCACUGCCAUGCAAUCUUUUGGUUCAGUGACAUGGGAAAAGGAACUUGUAGACUGAAAUGCAAAUAUCACCAGAUGAAGCCGAUAUCUACACGACAGAUUGUUGAAUACCUAGAUGGUGACUAUUCUUCAUCAGAUAGUGAUUCCGAGUCCGAUUCAUAUGAGGAAUCUGCUCCCAAGCUUUGGGCUUAUCCUAGGAGGUCUGAAUUUUCUCUGUGAAUGUAGUUGGAUUGGUAAGCUCUUUAGAGAUGAUAUACAUGGCUGUACUUUAUUUUCUUUAUAUUAGAAUUGGUUCCAGAUGAUCAGAAAUCACAUAUACAAUACAAGAAUAAUUGUAGAAAUUGUUGAUAUCAAGUAAUUUUUGUUGUCAUUUACUAAAUUCAUAGGCUUGGUUUAGGGGUAGUGGUAGUUGAUGGAAGUAAUUAAGACAUGAUUGUUAAUAUUAUGGUUUUCAAUACCAAUAAAACUUGUUCUUCAGU